AACCAUGGGAAGUCCAUCGCCAUUCUUUCUCACGCCACACACUUGGAGGGAUAGAUAUAUUAUCAAUCGACUGGAGAGGGGAAUUGCGAGAUCUCGGCGAUCACGGGGUCGCGAUUUUGGGUGUGUGGUCGCUGCCGCCAGCGAUCGCUUUUACUAGUGUGGAGGCGGAGAGUGACUCCCACGUGAUGGUGGUGGCCCGGCGCUCUUCCUCUCUGGGCGGGCAUUCCCUUUCCCUUCACUAUAAAAACCCAGCUGGGCACUGCCAAUUCCACUCCAUCAUUUGCUACGGCCACAAUCUCUUCGCAUUCCAUCCGUAGAGUCGAUCAAUCGAUCCAUUCCAUCGAUAGCAGCAGAUUUAGGGUUCUUCCAAGAUUUUAAAUUUCGCGGGAUCUUGGCAGAGAGCGAAGAGAGAAAUGCCGAUUUUGGGAGCCAAGAUGCAGCGUCUCGUCUCCAAGAUCAAGCCCCACAACCUGGAUUUCACCGCCCAUCACCAUGAUCUCGAUCUGGACGACGAUGGCGACCUGGAUCAGCCGCCGCGGGACGUUCCAAAGGGAUGCUUGGCUGUCUACGUGGGCUCGAGCGCCAGCGGCGGCGACAGGCAGCGCUUCGUUGUAUCCACUCAGCUCCUCAGCAAUCGAUUGUUCCGGGCGCUGCUGGAUCGCGCGGCCGAGGAGUAUGGAUUCGAAUCGCCGGGGGCUCUCACCAUCCCUUGCGAGGCCGUGCUCUUUGAGCACUUCAUCUGGUUGCUGGGAAGGAACGAUCCCGCCGCUGCCAGGAUCGAGGUGGACGAGCUUCUCAAUUUCUACAGCUCGUGAUAGAUCAUCAAGGAAUUCGUUCUCAUCGUUUUGGCGGUCGCGAGGCGAGGAUAGAAUGCUUUCGAAGGAAUUCAAGAGCUCUUGUGAGGCGUGCUUCCAUGGUCGCCCUCUUUGUCACUUGACCGUUAUCUAUCAUCUCCAAAAAUCGCCUAUUUUCCAGGCUUGUCUUUCAAGAACAAGAUCAAGAAUCGGUUUGUCACACUAGUGUUUGAUUCAAUCGCAAAUAACAAUCACUGUACUUUCAUGUUCACAAAAAUUUGGGAAGAAUGAUAAUGAUCAAUCACCCUCUCAUGAUCGAUCGCUUGCAACUUUAAGAAAUUCGAAGAUCUUUUGUUUGGAGCU